AUGCAUUCGUUGCAACGGCAGGUCAGCAACCAAGAGUCUUCAACAAUGAGUACAGGCAUCAAUGCCCAAAUGAAAACCCUCGACGCACCUGAUAAAUUGUUGGAAGCCCAGGUCAAUCAGCAAGAGUCAUUCAAGGAUCCUGCACACAUGAAUACUCAGACACAGUUUCAGAGCGGGACGAGGGGGUUGGAGGAGAAAGUAAUGGAUAUCAAACAGAAUAAUCUCACCCAAAGCAAACCGCGUCCGCAUCCGCGACCACACCCUUAUACAAAGGACAGAGAAAGCACUGCAAAAGAUAGCAAUGACGCGAAGUACUAUAGAUUCGACGGUAGUGGAUUGAGUCCAGAUCAGAAAGGAUGGGUUCACCUUUACCUCACAACAUGGUUCGAUGUCAAAAAUAAUCCAGAAGACACUCGAAUCUUCAUUGAGCAGAUAUCCGGCGAGUUCUUGACGAAGUUUCCUGCGAAUGACCUGGUCCAAGAAGGAUCCGCCAUCGAUAACACACAUUUUCGGGCCUAUACUUUGACAAAAAUCAAAAAGGUGGUGCUUCAGACGAGCGCUAAUGCCAUUACACUCUCUGACUCUCUGUUACACGCCGCAUUCAUGAGUACACUCGGAGAUAUUUAUGAGACCACCAAUAUAGGCUCCCCAAACAGCUCACCGCCUCGCUCUGUUUCCCCAACAGACACCAGAUAUGAAUCGCGUGAAUGGUCAGAACCUCCCCGCUCCACCACUCCUAUCGACACCAAAGAGGAAUCGCGCAAAUGUUUGGUUCAGGCUAUUGUCGAACCUUUUGGAAUACUUCUGUGCAAAGGAGACCGAAUCGAGCUCAUGUCAUUCUACCAUGAGAUUCAACAAGCGUGGUUUGCUAUCUGGCCUGUUGAUGUAGAAAACCCUUCUCAGCGAAUGAAGCAAAAGAAAGAGGAGAUGAACGUUAUUGUACACGAUGUGACCGCGCUUCACUUUGAACGCUUUUUCAAGAAGGCUCGGGCAUUCAAGACUGGCAAAGCAUUUCCUCAUCCGAAGCUGUCUCUGAAUGCGGAUUGGCAUGCUAUGUUAAUAACGGGAAUUGCUAACAAUUGUGCACAAUAUGAUCUCGAUAUUGUUCUGCGAACCAAGCUGGCCUGGCAUUUCGUACCCGUGUUUCGCCAGGUGAUGUCGACACCUUUUCAAAAAGAAUUCCUGGACUCUUUAGCGAAUAUAUGGGCUUCACAUUGGCCCGAAGAUACGACGUAUGGUCGCAAGGACAAAGACCAUCGAACGUUGCUUUCAAAACGUGUUGUCUGGCCUCCGGGUGUAAGCUCAGGGGAGUUCGAUAUUGAAGAUUCCGAGAUACGACAUGCUGUAUCUCACGAAGAGGCACUCAUUAGAAAACGCGAUGCGGUAGGAACCUUCACACUUGAGUGCAUCUAUUCUGAGAAUAUCCGCACAUACAAACAAAUGAGAAAGUUUCUCAGUCACAAAGAGAAACGAGAUGCUUGGUUCGAGAUGAGAUGGUCCAUCUUGAAAUUCCUCAAGGCAGCCGUCGAGAAUGUUGGCGAAUACAUUGCUGGUGUUGAUCGACCCGCAGCGGACUGGAAGGAAUCUCUCAGGGAAGCGGUUUUCCUGUGGGGAGUAUCCUCAUUGGCCAAAGUACCGUUACUUAGUCGCAACUCCUCCCAAUAA